AUGACAAUGGAGAUUGAGAUAAUUUCCAAAGAGUCCAUUAAGCCUGCUUCUCCAACCCCACAUCACCUGAAAACCCACAAGAUCUCUCUCGUUGAUCAAUUCGGCCCAUCCGGGUAUGCCCCCAUACUCCUCUUUUAUUCUGCAAACCACCACACCUUCCAAGCCAAUUCCAUCUCCAAGAGAUCGCUAAUCUUAAAGCAAUCUCUGUCUGAAACAUUAGCUCGUUAUUAUCCCGCCGCAGGAAAAGUUAGGGAUAGUCUUUCCAUUGAUUGUGACGACGAAGGAGCUCUUUACAUUGAGACGAGAAUUAAUUGUUCUUUAAAAUACUAUCUUGGCCAACUUGAUGUAUUAUCGCUCGACAAAUUAGCUCCAGAUGAGUCUUUUAAAUUGGCGACUCCAGGGACUCGUGUUGUUAUUGUGAAGGAGAAUGUGUUCGCUUGUGGCGGCAUUGCCUUAGGCUUUAUCAUGUGGCACAGUAUUUGCGAUGCAGCCACUUUAAGUUCAUUUCUUAAAACUUGGAGUGCUCUUGCUCGGCGCUCGAGCGACCAAGCUGUUUUUCCUAACUUCAUUGCUUCAUCUCUGUUUCCCCCAAAUGAAUCAUUUCCACAAGACGCAAAUAGUUCUUCUUUGGCGUCUAUUUUGUUUACAGUAGGCAAUUCUGCUGCAAGAAGGUUUCUCUUCGAUGGAUCGGUCAUGGUGAAUCUUAAGGCCAAAGCAACGAGCGCAGGCAUGCAAAACCCAACGCGGGCAGAGGUGGUUUCCGCGCUCAUCUUUAAAUCCUUCAUGGCUGCUGCCAUGAAGGUAAAACAUCAAGUCCAUAGGCCAACUUUGAUGAAUUUCCCAGUGAACUUGCGAAGAAGGAUGACGCCUCCAUUACCUGAAAAUUGUCUGGGAAAUUUACUGUUUUUCGCGACUGUAUUAUCAGAAGGGGAGGAAGAGUUGGAUAGUUUGGUGCGGAAGAUAAGGGAAGCGAGAUCAAAAAUCAAUGGGGAUCUCUUAAAGAGCUUUCAAGGUGAAGGAGGGUUGACGAAGUUUCUCGAGAUUAUAACAGAGCUUCGCGAAUCAUUGUCUGCCUCUGGAACAGAGCAUAUUGGGCUUAAUAGCUGGUGUAACUUUGGCUUCUACGAUGUUGAUUAUGGAUGGGGGAAGCCUUUGUGGAUUCCAUUCAUGGGUUCCAUGUUCAAGAAUUAUAUAUUUCUGAUGGAUACAAGACAUGGAAAUGGAAUUGAAGCUUGGGUUUCAUUGGAUAAAGAAGUAAUGGCAGUGGUUGAGCAAGAUCAAGAGCUUCUCUCUUUUGCAUCCAUCGACCCAACUCCAUUAGAUCUAGGAAAACCCAUUUCCCUGGUAUCAAACCUUUGAUCUCAAUUCCUUUCGUUUGUUUGUGUUUUGUGUUUGAUGUUUUGUCUUUCUACUACAACUAUGUAUUUCCUUUCGGUUCCUGGUAGUGUUGUUCAUGCUCAAGUCUGUUAGUUGGUAUUUAAGAGAUCGAAGAGAUAAAAAAAAUCAAGAUGA